UAAGUGUUUGUGCGGAAGCGCAAAACAUGAGCUCAGUUCACUGUCCUUUCCUGACUGAAGUUCAUUUGAAAUAAUUGUCGUUUAGUUAAAGAUGUAAACGUUUAAAAGUGUUGAUUAAAUAAACGGAAGGAUUGUGCAGCCUUUAGUGUUCUAUGUUGUGAUAGACAAAAUGUCCACAUGGAGAACAUCCGAGCACGUCUGAAACUUGGGAAUAAAGCCGAAGUUGUGAAACUGAGGAAACGAAAAUCCCAACUGUACUCACAAGAAGAUGAAAGUCUUAACGACGGUAGGCUGAGAACCAGAGUUGCAGUGUUUUCUGUGGCAUUCAGACUGAUCAACUGCUUCCUGGUUCAGACCAGCUUCGUCCCUGAUGAGUACUGGCAGUCUCUGGAGGUUUCCCAUCGUAUGGUCUUCAAUUAUGGGUAUCUGACCUGGGAAUGGAGGGCCGGAAUCAGAGGAUUCACCUAUCCUCUCUUCUUCGCAUGCAUAUACAAGAUAUUAUACUUCAUGAACUACGACUCAGUCGAUCUCCUGAUAUGGCUUCCACGAAUAAUUCAGGCACUCUUCGCUGCCUUUGCAGAUGUCAAAUUUUUCUUCCUCAUCCGAAAGUUGGAAAGUCCAGACGUUGCGCAAUGGACGUUCUUCUGUCAUAUGUGCUCGUGGUUCUCUUGGUACUGCUGCACCAGGACUCUGACCAACAGCAUGGAGACCACCAUCACCUGCCUGGCUCUAUUUUACUUUCCCCUCCCUGGAUCCAAAACACACAGCAGCAAAAUAUAUUUGACCCUGGUGGCCUUGGCUGUCAUCGUUCGACCGACCGCCCUGAUUGUCUGGUUUCCUCUGCUGAUGUAUCAUUUCUGGCAGGAAGAUAACAAACUGAGGCUCAUCACUUAUAACUUUAUUCCUAUAGGAGCUUUGGCUGUUGUGAUUUCAACAGCGAUCGACUGUAUAUUCUAUGAAAAGUGGACCAUGGUGCAGUUCAACUUCCUCAAGUUUAACGUCUUCAACAGUGUGGCCGAUUUCUACGGCUCUCAUCCCUGGCACUGGUACUUCACUCAGGGGUUUGCCGUUGUGAUCGGUCCUCAUCUUCUGCUCUUUCUUCAUGGGUGCAGCCUUGCCUUCAAAAGAUACAAAAUUCUGUUAGCGGUGGUCAUUUGGACAGUCGUGGUAUACAGUUUGCUUCCUCACAAGGAGUUCAGAUUCAUCUAUCCGGUGCUGCCUUUCUGUAUGAUCUUCUGUGGGAUCUCUUUGGCUAAUUUGAAAGCGUGGCGACGAACGUCUGCGUCCAUCCUGUUAGUGAGCAACCUGUCUGCAGCUCUGUACACUGGCCUGAUCCACCAGCGAGGCACCCUGGACGUCAUGAGCCACCUCCAGACGCUAUGUGACGUCGGCAGAGCCUCCACCCCCCCGCAGCCAGACGUCCUCUUCCUCAUGCCCUGCCACUCAACGCCUUUUUACAGCCACGUCCACUGCCCGAUGAAGAUGAGGUUUCUCGAGUGUCCUCCAGAUCUCGGAGAGGAAGGUCACGUUGAUGAAGCAGACAGGUUCUACAACGACCCUCUUCACUGGCUCAGAAUUGCAUUUCCAUACAAAUCUUCUCUACCGACCCAUCUGGUUUUGUUCGAUGUUUUGGAGAAGGAAAUCUCUGUGUUUCUGCAAGGGAAUCACUUUGUGAGGACAGAAGAGAUAUUUCAUACGCAUUUUCCCGAGGGAAGAGUUGGGGGAAGCAUUUUUAUUUAUGAAAGGCACUGACAAACACUGGAACAACGGCAAGUUUUAUUCCUUAAUGAUAAUGUCACAUAAUAUGGAUUUGCUACUGAAAUAAAUAUUUUAAACUCAAAUGUUUGUUUUUUUAAAUACCAAUUGUCAGAUGUGUCUCAAAUGUAUAACACUUUUUUUCACAACUAAAGUUGGUGACAUUAUUUUUCCAGUAAUUCUUCCCUAUACACAUGUAAAUAGCCAGGUCCAGUUUAAACAAGCUCGAGGUGGAAUGUUAGAAAUGCAUCUUAAUUUAAAAAACAAAAGAAAUGGUCACGCAAACAUGUAUUUGUAGCAGCACAUUAAAACAACUACAUGGCCGAACACAGAAAAAUCCAAAAUAUGGCAUGUCUAUAUUUUCCAUUUUGUUUUUAAGUUUCCCAAUCAACAUUUCUCCACUCAAAAAUUUAAUGUUGAAGUUUGAAGAGAAGUAUCACGUGUUUCAGAAAGAAAUCUUCAACCAUAAUUCCAUAAUUAGCCAAAAAGUAAGUGUUUUAUCUUCACAUUUGAAAAAUGUUAAAUCAAUUCCUUCUUUUCACACAUCUUCCACUCAAACAUAACAAUAACUUCACUAAACACAGAACAGCUCAAGGACGUUCAGUAGCAUUAAAAAUUAACAUUGUGCAAACUUACAA